AUGGGGGCGAUGACGGAGAAAAUCCUAAAUCUCACCCUGGAAAUCAUCUACCUGCUGACCGGAGAGGAUUACAUCAUGGUGAAGAAGACUGAUCAAGACUCCAGAGGCAGACCCCCUGACUCGCCAACCACUGAUCCUCUGUUGUUCUCUCUGCCACACAAUAGAAAUAACAAGAAGAUUCUAAAAAUGACCAACAAGAUCAUCGAGCUGCUCUCUGGAGAGGUUCCUUCAAGGUGCCAGGACGUCGCGGUCUUCUUCUCCUUGGAGGAGUGGGAGUAUAUAGAAGAACACAAGGAUCUCUACCAGGACGCCAUGAUGGACAGCCAACAGGCAAUUGGCUCAGAAGGGGGCAGUAGUGAGGGGAAUCCAGCAGAAAGCUGUGGGUGUGUCCCCUGCUCUCAGGACUGUACAGCGGAAGAGGACAGGACAGGUACACAGGAUUAUCAGGUGGAGAGUGAAGACAGGACACUGCUACAGAAGGAGGGUGAACCUGAAUUAGAUCUCAUCAGUGCAGUUUUGUCUAUCAGCUGUGAUGAAAACCCCUCAAAUCCAUCGCCUGCAUCUCCGCCUCCUGACUGUACUGCCACCUGCCCUAAAUUUGAAUGCUAUUCUGCAGACAGAUCACCCAGUCCAAACUCCUCUGCUGUGAGUACAAGAUUGCUCACUGUCCAGGAUGAAGAGCGGCCUUCUGGAAGACAACCAAAGGUGUGAGCAGAGUCUGUGACAGAAUGGCUGAGGGAUCGGUACUCCUAUGUUCCUCCCAGCAAGCGUCGGAAAGGCAAUCCGGUCCCACUCAGGAAAGAAGCGAAUAGCCCUGUCCCUGCAGCCACCUGGGAGACAGAACUUACCAAAGAUCUGGAUGUCAUCAUGAACCUGGAGGGUGCGCCUCAGACUGCCUACCAGUGCUCUGACUGCCAAGAGUGUUUUGACAAUGCAGCGGAUUUUAUUACGCACCAGGCACUGCACAAAGCCGAGUCCAAGUUCCCGCCUUUCUACCAUCCAACGUCUUUUGUGAGCAUGGACUUCACCGGCAAGCAGAAACCAUUUGUUUGCUUAGAUUGUGGGAAAUGUUUUAUGUAUAGGUCCGCGUUCACCAGGCAUCAGCGAAUUCAUACAGGAGAGAGGCCCUUUGUCUGUUCUGAGUGUGGAAAAAGCUUUUCCCAAAAUACGCACUUGGCGAAACACCGCAAGAACCACUAA